AUGCCGUGUAAACUGACCAUAGACACUGGAGCCUCUCGUACGGUUGUUAGUUCCCAACUUAUAAGCCAGUUCCUUGGGGACUCCGCAUACAACCGAGAACGCAUUAAUUUGGUAACAGCCACCGGUCAGCGUAUACCCGUCCGUGGAGAGAAGGAGAUGGAGUUGAAGCUAGGCAACGUGAUAUACCUGCAUAAUGUCAUCGUGGCUGAUAUAAUGGACGACUGCAUCCUAGGCCUAGACUUUAUGAGGAAUAAUUGUUGUGAGAUCGACGUUAAGCAAGGUGUUUUGAAAUGUGGACAGGAGGAACUUUUUAUGGAAGGUGCGUUACCAGGGAACGUGUACAGCAUCAAGAAGAUUGUUCUUACGCCGAGAUCGGAAACGAUUGUUCCGGUUAGUCUUCCACGAAACGCUGGGCAAGCUCACCGUUGUGUACUUGUGGAAAGGGUAAACAAUGACCUUCCAUGGAAAGUAGCUCGAACCUUGGUCAGGACCACUGACAUCUCAGGAGUACGUGUGCUGAACCUUUGCGACCGGGAACAGGUUAUAGAAAAAGGUACACUGGUUGGUACUUGUGAGGAAGUGGAUUGGUUACGUCAGUGCCAAUAUAUAUCGAGUGGGACCCCCAGCAAGGAUUCAGAAACGAGAAUGACCACACUUUUGGAAGACUGUCGCAGUGUUCUCUCCCCGAACGAAUUGGUGAAGGCGAAGAAGUUGUUACUCGAGUACGCCGAUGUAUUCUCAUCAAACGAUGCUGACAUAGGAAAGACUGGUUUAGUUCAAGACAAAAUAAACACAGGUGAAGAGUUGCCUAUCCGUCAGCGGCCAAGACGAUUGCCGGUAGCACGUGAAAAGGAAGUGGAAACCAUGAUUGAGGGAAUGGUGAGGGAUGGUGUUAUUGAACCUUCAUCUAGUCCAUGGUGUUCACCCAUGGUACUGGUAAAGAAGAAGGAUGGCAGCAUGCGGUUCUGUGUUGAUUACCGCCGUGUGAACGACGUUACAAAGAAGGACAGCUAUCCCUUGCCAAGAAUUGAUGACACGCUGGACAUGCUUACAGGAGUAAAAUGGUUUAGCACGCUGGAUCUAAAAAGUGGCUACUGGCAGGUUGAAAUUGACCCUAAGGACAAGGAGAAAACUGCGUUCUCGACGGGAAAGGGUCUGUGGCAAUUCAAAGUAAUGCCGUUUGGGUUGUGCAAUGCUCCAGCAACGUUUGAAAGGCUGAUGGAACUUGUACUUACCGGGCUAAUUGGCGAUGCCUGUCUGGUCUACUUGGAUGACAUCAUCAUCGUGGGCCGUACGUUUGAGGAACACCUUCAAAACCUGGAACGCGUGCUCAUGAAGAUUAAGAGUGCCAACCUUAAGUUGAGUCCGAAGAAAUGUUCACUAUUCAAACGGCAAGUCAACUUUUUGGGGUAUGUAGUGUCGGAAGAAGGUAUCCGAACGGAUCCAGAGAAAAUCGCAGCUGUAAAGGAUUGGCCGGUUCCAAAAGACAAGACGCAGGUUAGAGCAUUUUUGGGUUUGUGCUCCUAUUACCGACGUUUUGUGAAGAACUUUGCAGAUAUAGCCAAACCUCUGCAUAAGCUAACCGAGGAGAAGCGACAUUUCUGCUGGGAUGAAAGUUGUAACAUCGCAUUCCAGGAGCUCAAGGACCGUCUGUGCAAAACACCUAUUUUGGGAUACCCUGAUGCAAGCAAAGAAUUUAUAGUUGACACAGACGCAAGUGAUAUAGGACUUGGCGGUGUGUUGUCUCAACGUAAUGGUGACCAAGAGGUCGUGAUAGCGUACUUCAGCAAGUCGUUGUCAAAACCGGAAAGGAACUACUGUGUCACAAGACGCGAAUUGCUAGCUGUGGUAAAGUCGUUGCAACAUUUUAGCAAAUAUCUUCUGGGACGAAAAUUUCACUUACGAACUGACCAUGCUGCACUAAAAUGGCUAUUGCAGUUCAAAAACCCAGAAGGACAAGUUGCGAGGUGGAUUGAACUACUGCAGGAAUACGACUUUGAGAUCGAACAUCGCAGCGGGAAAUCUCAUGGCAACGCAGAUGCAUUGUCAAGAAGACCUUGUCCUGAAGAUUGCAAACAUUGUACUAGGCAAGAGAGUAAGGAAGUGGUAUCCGUGAAGAUGCUCAGGGCAGACCACCUCAGCAACGAGUGGAAGGACAGCUUACUACAUGCACAGCAGGAAGAUCCGGACAUCAAGCCGAUUCUGGAAUGGAUAAAGGCCAGUGCUCCCAAGCCCAAGUGGAGUGACGUCUCAGCGAUGAGUUCGACCACUAAAAGCUAUUGGGCCCAGUGGGACAGCUUGCUGCUUCAGGAUGGAGUUCUGUGUCGUAAAUGGGAAAACGUUCGGGGAGACAGCUGUCAUUUGCAAAUGGUUGUCCCUAAAGUUAAAGUACCGGAUGUUCUACAGCUGUACCAUAAUGAUUGUUCAGGAGGCCAUCUGGGAGUUAAACGAACUCUACUGAAGAUCCGAGAACGGUUUUACUGGGUCCACUGUCGAAACGAUGUCGAGGACUGGUGUCGCAAAUGUACAAGUUGUGCGGCUGUAAAGGGACCUCAGACUCGUAGUAGAGGUGCAUUGAAGUUGUACAAUGUUGGUGCACCAUGGGAGGAAUAG